AUGAGUGGUCCCCGUCCUUCAUCUCCCUCCCCCACGGCCUCAGUAGGUCGAGCCGUCGACUCUUCAAAGUCACCACUGCAAGAGCAGCAGCAAACAAGAGCACCCGCCCAAGAAAAGGAGGACGGCAUCACAGCAAUAUCACCCAGCAAUGACACUACUACCUCCCGGCCGGGCCCCGUACCCGGCCCGAACCCGGACCCGGACCCGGACCUACACCCUUCAGACAUCAACGCCUCCCAAGACCCCGAAGCCAGCCUCACCCGCCUCUCCUCCGGACCCGCCUACACUGUCUUUCCCCCCUCCACCCGCAAAUGGAUCGUAACCAUGAUCACCUUUGCCGGCUUCAUCAGUCCCAUGACCGCCAACAUCUACUUUCCCGUUCUCGACGCUGUCGCUCACGACCUCAACGUCUCCAUCAGUAAAGCCAACCUGACUUUGACAACCUACAUGAUCAUGCAGGCCUUUUCCCCGACGCUCUACGGCGACUUUGGCGACGCGGCUGGUCGUAGACCGGCGUUCAUUAUUUCUUUUAUCGUUUACAUUUGCGCCAACUUGGGACUAGCGCUGCAAAAGAAUUACGCGGCGCUGUUGGUGUUGAGGAUGUUGCAGAGUUUUGGAAGUUCCGGGAGCUUGGCGCUCUGUUACGCAGUAGUGGCUGACGUCGCUGUUUCCGCCGAGAGGGGAAAAUACAUGGGUUUUGUUUCGGCGGGGAUCAACAUCGGUCCUUCUCUUUCGCCCGUCAUCGGUGGCGUGAUCGGGCAGUACCUGGGAUGGCAUGCCAUCUUUUGGUUUUGUCUGAUCUACACGGGGGUCUGGUUGGUGCCGUAUGUUCUGUUGGUGCCGGAGACGUGCAGAAACGUGGUGGGCAAUGGGUCGACGAAGCCGCAGGCGUGGUGGAAUAUGACGGUGGUGGAUUAUGUGAAGGGAAGGAGGAGGAGAAGACAUCCCGGCUCCAAAGAGGAGGAGGAGGAGGCGAAACGGCAGGCCGAGAGGACGAGACCGAAGCUGAGGUUUCCGAAUCCGUUCAAUACCUUGAAGGUGGUUUUCAACCCGGACUUGGGUUUGCUGAUUUCGUACGGAACAAUGGUUUACCUGGUUUUUAUCCUCAUCUGCGCUACGCUAGGCACCCAGUUCGCCGAUAGGUACGGGUAUAACCAGCUGGAGACCGGUCUUUGCUAUUUACCGUAUGGCAUCGGCUGCACCGUGGCCGCGGUCGUGCAAGGCAGGAUCCUGGACUGGAACUACCGCCGUUUGGCCAAGAAGAUGGGUAUGACGAUCGACUACAAGCGCGGCGACGACUUGUCCAAGUUUCCCAUCGAGAGGGCCAGGCUGCAGCCUGUCAUUCCCAUCUUGGGAGUCGGUGUGGUAGCGACGAUCGGGUACGCCUGGGCGCUGGAGACUACGACGCAUGUAGCCGGCCCGUUGGUGUUGUUGUUCGUUGUCGGAUUGUGUGUCACGGGCAGCUUCAGUCUAGUGAAUACCCUGGUGGUGGACCUGUAUCCGGAGGCGCCGGCGACGGCGGUGGCGGCAACGAACUUGGUCAGGUGCUUGUGCGGCGCAGGGGCGACGGCGUUUAUCGAGGCCAUGUUGCAGAAGAUGGGCGUGGGCUGGACGUUUACGUUUUGGCCGCUGGUGCUGGUGGUGUUUAGUCCGAUUAUCUAUCUGUUGAUGGCGAGGGGACCGGGGUGGAGGGCGCAGAGGAAGGCGAGGUUUCAGAGGGAGAGGGAGAGGAGAGAGCAAAAGGAGAGAUCGGCUAACGAGGAGAGUUUGGAAAGUUCGGAUAACUCUUCAGCGAGUGUUGAGAAGACGGAGGAGGGUGAUGGUGAGAAGAGGAUGGUGGAUGGGAUAUUCGUGACCGAAGCGAAGAAAGGGCAAGGCUUGAGCAGCUAGGUUCCCCUUUGUGGUGUUUUCGGUGUUGUGAUAUUUUGCCUUUAUUCAUGUUGAGUGUUUCCUUGUUGACCUUAUCGCUCACGAUGAUGAUACCACGUAACAAAGAUAACUUAUGGUCUUGGUGGAUAGAAAGGGAUUAU